AUGCACAUGGGAAUCUACAGUGAUUCCCUCCAUCCUGAAAGCUUCGUAGAAGAAGGUGCAUCGCUUUUACAGUUGGCAUGUGGCCAGAUGAGACAAGCUGACAGAAAUGUUGUAACAGCACUAACGCACAGGCCUUGGCAACUGAGCCAUUUUGGAGAUGGGAAACCCCGUUUCAAUUCCUCCUGGAAACACUACUUGUAUGUGAUACUGGAUGUCAUUCUGGAUUGGAGCCUACACAGUUUCUUAUGGCGAUUGUGUGGGGUUUCAGCUUUCCUCAUACAGAAAAACUUUGUUUCUCAAGACUACGUGAGGCACUGGUCUUCAAAAGGGAUCCAAGUGGUUGCCUGGACAGUGAACACAUUUGCAGAAAAAAGCUACUAUGAAAGUGUUCUUGAAUCUAACUACAUCACCGACAGCUUGGUGGAAGACUGUGAUCCUCAUUACUAG